AUGGCAACGGAACCACCGUCACGGUCCAUCGAAGGAAGCUUAAGAUGGAGGUUCUCGGAUGAGUUGCGUCUUCUUCGGUCGGUCGAGGAGGUGGAGAACUUCGCGGAGUUGUCAAUUGAGAACGAGCAUGCUGAGCAUCAUCAAGAUGAAACGGGCCAGAGGGAUAUGCAUUCCAAGGAACAACAAUAUGUUCCCCGUGGGGGUUCCUGUGGCAUGAGUGAUGGUGGCCGUAGGGGAUACCCUAACGGCCGUGGAGGGCAUGGUACUGGCAGGGGAGGUGGCUACCAGAAUGGGGGUGGUCGCCACCAAUAUUAUGACCAGGGCGGAAAUUACUAUACGAGGAAUAGUAGGUGGAGGGGGGGGGCUGGAGUUAUGGGGGGAACCAUAACCAUCAAGGCAGGCAGGUUCAAUCUGGGUAUGCUUCAGCAGAUUCCUAAACCAUGGUGGGAUUUAGCUGUUAGUUUCGUUAUUUUGGGGAGGGUUCUGGUUGGUAGAGGGGUUCUGUUCAUUCAGAGAUCCAUCAAGAACCCGUUGAACUCUUGA